CCGCCAAAGCCUGUCUGACGACUUCUGGGAGUUCCGGCUUCUGGGAUCCUGUCCUCACCUCAGCAGAAGGGUACAGCAUCUCUGGGCUGGGCCCAGGGUCACGAACUGGUCUAGCCAUUUCCAGUUGUCAUGGUCUCGGGGUAAUCCCAAGGAGUCCUUAUCAUCCUCUUAUCAUCGAGCCAACCUUGGUUGUUCUCGUGUUGUUGUCUGGCUUGUCUAUUUUCCACGGGAUUCAGUGUGCUUCUGAAGCUGCCUGGUGCACCUAGUAGUGGUCUGAGGUUCCCGAGAUCAGGAACAUAUCCACUCUAGGGAAUAGUGAGGACGUAUCUUGGCAAGGCACCAUGAGUAGAUUCGAUCAGAAUCCGUUUGAUGAGGAGACGGAUAGGAAUCCCUAUUCCCAAUCAGGUCGUCAAGGCGGCGGCUCGUUCUUCGAUAGCCAACAGCCCGGCAUCGCCAUGACCGGCAUGAUCGACAGGCCCUCUCCGUUGCCUCCUGAAAGCCGCAGCGGAUCCACGUUCGACGUAACUUCUGAUGUUCAGUUCAGCCCGCGGGCGCUGAGGAAGAAACAGAAGGAGCUGCAAAGCCGAGAAGCUGUACUGAGGAAAAAGGAAGAGGAGCUGGCAAAGAGAGAAGCAUCGCUUGGCAUCAUGACCAAGAAUUUCCCGCCAUUUUUCCCCUUGAUCCGGAACAACAUUCGAGAGGAUGUGCCCGAGUAUCUGCAAGGCUUGAUGUUCCUCGGCUUCUGGGUCUGGAUGGGUACCAUGGCAACCCUGUUCUACAAUCUCGUCCCCAUUACAGCAGCAUGGAUUGGUGGCGCCUACGACAGCUCUCCUGGAUUUGGGAACUUCUUCAUGGCGCUGCUGUAUUUCAUCAUUGGAGUGCCGGGCUCCUACUUCUUAUGGUACUCUCGCCUGUACUAUGCGAUGCGCAAGGACAGUGGCGUUGGCAUGGCUUUCUUCUUCUGUGGCUUCAUGACCCACGUGCUCUUCUUCAUCUUUGCUGCCAUAUCGCCUCCAUUCUCGAUCGGCAACGCGUUUCAAGGAAGCUCUUUUGCCGGCGUCAUCUCAACGAUUAAUGUCUUUACACAUGGAUGGGGCGUCAUUGGGAUAUUUUAUGCCAUUGGUGCUGUUCUCUUUGUUGCCGAGGCUUUCUUCAGCUUCGUCCUCAUCAUUCGAGUUUACGCCUACUUCCGCGGGACUGGUGCCAUAGUGCGAAUGAAGCAAGAAGCUGCUCGAUCGGCAGCAUCGAGCUCAUCUGCUGUCUGAAGUAACCAAGAUUGUCACCAUUUACCACUACCUAGGUGGCAAUCAUUAUAUCUCCAUGGGUAUACAAUACAUGUAGGUUUAGCAGGCUACUUGGAGAAUAGGGUACAUGGUGAUCUCCAUUCGCCAGCAAUUACACCAAUCACAGUCUGCCUCGCCGCCCCUGUGAUUGCAUGCAGCGUCUGCCAUUAACAUCUCUGUCAUGCAUGCACCACUCUCCGGGGAUUGUUCAGUAGCGCUUUUUACAGAGGAAGGUGGGAGGAAAGUUGCUCUAUAUCUGAUGUCAGCGUGUAACCUCAACAUGAGGCUUGGUGAUGUUCA